AUGACUACAGCACAUAGGCCAACAUACAGACCUGCUAUAGGUGGUAGUGAAUAAGGGGGAAAUAAAAUGCUUGUUCAUUCAAGAUCCUAUCAUUCAAAAGACUUGCCUGCUUAUUUGAUAUUGAAAAUGAGGAAACCUGGAUAGGGUACAUAGGAAGAAUUGGAAUAGAAGGAUUUUAAGAUGGACUUAUUAAAAAGAGAGGAAGAAGGAAAAAGAUAAAGGGAGUUAAAGGCUUUGGGAGUCUCUGAAACUUCAUUAGCCAUAGAAGCAACAUAAAAAAAUUAAAAUAAAGAUGUUCAAGAACCCCAAAUAUUGAAAAAGACUAAAGUGGAAGAAAAGGAAAUUUAUCCUUAGGAUGCUGAUGAUAAGGAAUUUAUUAAAUCUUCAGAUGAUGAAGAAGAAAAUGUAUAAAAACCUGAAAAACCUACUGUGUAAUAAUAAGAAUUGAAAAUCGAAGAAGAUUCAUCAUCCUCCUCUAGCGAUGAAGAAGAUGAUGAUGAAUUAUUAAUGAGAGAGUAUCAAAAAAUUAAAGAACAAAGGGAGAUUGAAGAAAAAAAAAAAAUUUUAGAGAAGUAAGAGUAUUUGGAAAAGAAUAGAGAAGAAGAGAUUAUUAAAGGAAACCCUUUGUUAGUUAGUGAGGAUUAUUCUCUUAAGAAAAAAUGGUAUGAAGAUACUAUCUUCAAAAAUCAAUCGAGACUUGAAGUAAAAGAAAAAUAAAGAUUUAUUAAUGAUGCUGUUAGAAGUGAUUUUCAUAGGAAAUUCUUAAAUAGAUAUAUCUAAAUGUGA